AUGAAAAGCCCAAUUCCCCUCUUGCACGGUACUGGCUCCAUCCCCCCAAUUGGCCUCGGAACCUGGCAAAGCAGCGCCAACGCCACGUGCCUCGCAGUGAAACACGCCCUGCAACAUGGCUACCGCCACAUCGACACGGCGCUGAACUACGGCAACGAAAAGGAGGUCGGACAGGGGAUCCGCGAUUCCGGCAUCCCAAGGGAGGAGAUCUGGGUGACGACUAAGCUCGAUAACCAUUGGCAUCACCGAGUCCGAGAGGGACUGGAAAGUUCGUUGAGAGACUUGGGGCUGGAGUAUGUGGAUUUGUAUCUCAUACAUUUCCCGUGCUCGACGGAUCCGGAAGAUCGAUCAAAACAUUUGAAGGACUGGGAUUUUGUACGAACUUGGCAGGAAAUGCAGAAGCUCCUGGGUACGGGAAAAGUUCGCAACAUCGGCGUGUCAAAUUUCCAGAUCAGUCACUUGGAGAGGCUUCUCAAUGAUCCUUCCUGUAAGGUGAUACCUGCAGUAAACCAGAUUGAGCUCCAUCCCUAUAAUCCCUCACUAAGAUGGAACCUCCAGCGCGGCGUCAGCGUUAUUCCCAAGAGCAUCACUCCCGCACGCAUCGAUAGUAACAUAGAUCUUGAAGGGUUUGAGCUCAGUCCAGACGAGAUGGGGGAGAUUUCUGCCAUCAAGACGAGGGCGAAGGUUGUUGGAGAUAGCUGGAUGCCGAUAAGGGUUUUUACUGGGGAUGACGAGUAG